AUGUUUACCAAAGCAGCAUUAUUUUUAUCUCUGGUGGCAGUAGCCGCAGCGGGUGUGGUGCAACUCGGACAUGGAUAUGGCGGUGAAUCCUACGAUCAUGAAUCGGCUGGCUAUGCUCCCGUAGCCCAGCUCGCAUACGAGGGUCAUGAUGACCAACACGUUGAUUAUCAUUCUCAUCCUAAAUACGACUAUUCCUACUCGGUGUCUGACCCUCACACCGGUGACCACAAGACCCAACACGAAGCUCGCGACGGUGAUGUUGUGAAGGGAGAAUAUUCGCUGCUGCAGCCUGAUGGCUCUUUCCGCAAGGUUACCUACACCGCUGACGACCACUCUGGCUUCAACGCGAUCGUGCAUAACACAGCGCCCGCGCACCAGGAGUACCACCACUAA